GUGCAUCCAACAACGGGAGUCAAAAACCACCACCACGAAUUAUUUCGCCCGAAGAUAUAUAUUUGUAGCGCUGUUACCCGCAAAGGAAACACUGUUUCACUCUCGUUGGUGCAUUCUCUGCCGACAUACCCGCUCCUUCAACUUAUAUACACACACACACACGCACCCGCGUAUACUCUCACGCGUCUUCGGAACUGGUCCACCUGACCGCGUGCUUCUUGCCUUUGUUUGCUUCCUUCUCGCUUUUUCUUUUUGCGGCCUCUUCUUCCGUUUCUUUUCUUUUUGCUGAGGCGGUUCUCCUUUCGGACACGAAGACCCUCGCGGACAUCGAUGCGUGACGUCGCUGCAGCGCCCAACGACUGAAUUCACCGCCAACUUUACGUCUCUUGUUUUUUUCUGUCUCUCCCUUCUUGUCUCCUCCUACUUUUCGACGUCGCUUGUGCCUUUGCUACAAGCAUUGCACCCCUUACUAAAUUCCUUCACGUAGAGAGGAAAAGCCGCCGUUUUGUGGUUCAGUGAAUCCGAGUCGCAGCACUUUCCUGGUGCUUGUCCUGUUCCGCUUUUACACUUGCUCUCAUGGCGUCGGCUCCGCAGACGACGGCGGAGAUCGUCGCGGACGGGAGGGAGACGGUGUGGGAUGUUCUCAAGCAAGAAUCGAAGGAGCUGCGGUGGUACGUGCUGGCCGUAGCGUGCUUCCUGACGUUUGGCAGCUACUACAUUUACGAUUUCCCAGGCUCUAUUGGAAGUGGUAGCGGCAACACGAUUGAGAACUUCUUUAAGAGCCACGGGCACUUCUACACGGAGAGUAUGAACCAGUACCUGUACAGUGUGUACUCGUGGCCUAACACCGUUCUUUCCGUCGUGGGUGGGCUGCUGAUCGACAAGUAUCUUGGACUGCGCCGCGCCAUGCUGCUCUUCACGUCUUUGAUCCUCGCCGGUUCGGUGCUCUUCUACAUCGGUGUGCACAACACCACGUAUUGGAUGCUGAUUGUCGGGCGUAUUGUGUUCGGACUUGGUGGGGAAUCGCUCUCCGUCUCGCAGUCCGCCUUCGUGGCGCGGUGGUUCAAAGGCUGCCGAGGAAUGGCGCUGGCUUUUGGCAUCACCAUCAGCUUCUCCCGCGUCGGCUCCUCCUUCAACUUUCUCUUUUCGCCGUUGAUUGCCAACAAUUGGGGCGUCGAGGCUGCUGCCAUUGCAGGCACCGGUGCGUGUGUCGUCUCCGUCGGCGCGUGUAGCGUGUUGGUGUUAGCCGACCGCUACGCGGAGCGCACGGGCUACUUGACGCCGACGACCGAGGAGGAAGGCGCGGCGGAGGCGGAUGCGAAUGCGAUGAAGCUGUCGGACGUGGUGCGGAUGCCCUUCGCCUACUGGCUGCUCUGUGCCGUGUGCGUCUUCUGCUACACCGCCAUCUUUCCGUUUAUGGGGGUGGGAAAAAACUUCUUUGAGGUGAAGUACGGCUACAGCGGCGACACGGCGGCCCGUUAUUUGUCGUUUUACCAAAUCACCUCCGCGGUGGCGAGCCCGGUGAUUGGGUUAGUGGUGGAUGCGGUGGGUCGCAACACGCACUGGCUCAUCCUCGCGUGCUCCUGUUUUGCGUCGAUUCAUGUGGUGUUCAUGACGACAAUGAUCCCUGCGCCGGUGCUGAUGGUGCUGAUGGGUGGCUUUUACAGCUUCCUCGUGUCAGGGCUUUGGCCUUCGAUUCCAUGGGUGGUGCCGGACAACGUUGUGGGCGUGGCGUACGGCGCGAUGACCUCCAUCCAAAACAUCGGUUUGGCGUCGUUUCCAAUGCUUGCCGGGGCCAUCUUGGAUCAUUUCCGGCGAUACAAUGGCGGUGGAAAUGGCAGCAGCAGCAGCAGCAGUAGCAGCGGCAGCAGUGGUGCGUUGCUUGCGCAAGACCUGCCGCCGCUCGUGGGCUUCAUGUGGACCGAGGCGCUCUUUCUCCUCUCCGCGUUGGUGGCUCUCUUAGCCAGUGUGGUGCUGCUCUCCGAGGAUCGCCGCACCGGUGGCGUGCUCAGCGCACCGAGUCACAUGCGACUACAGAUUGUGGAGGGCCUGCGGCGGCAGCGGCAGGACUUCGAGGACGUGGUCCCGGAUCUGGAAAACGUGGUCUACGACGAGGAGGACGAGCACAACGCCGAUACGGAGUCGUUGGCGGGGGCGGCGCUGACUGACGCGCUGCCGAUCGCGUCGGAGGCUCCUGUGUGCCCACCAAAGAAAAGUUAA